CUUCGGAUCCCAUACCUGUGAAAUGGUAGCGUAGCAACCAAAACACAGCACUGAGAGACUGUGAAACCAAUGCAGGAGUAUUUAAACUAAUUUAGAAAAGGAUGACUGCUUGGUAAAGUUUUUGUCUGUUUGCGUCGUUCCUGUAAAAAUUGAUAUUUCUUUGCGCGAGAAAGAAAUGGAGCAAACGCAUUUAGGCGCUCGUAUCCGUGUGGAGAGAACACUGGCGAUCAUAAAGCCAGAUGUAUACGACAAAGCCGAGGAGAUUGAAGGUUUUAUCCUUCAGUCGGGCAUCACAGUCCUGCAGAAGCGAAGGUUGCAGCUGAGUCCAGAGCAGUGCAGCGACUUCUACACAGACCACAGUGGGAAACCGUUCUUUCCGAGCUUGACAGCUUACAUGAGCUCCGGCCCCAUCGUUGUCAUGGUGCUGGCUUGUGAGGAUGCUGUCACACGCUGGAAGUCCAUCGUUGGUCCUGCCGACAUAACAAAAGCCAAGGAAACUCAGCCGGAGUGUCUUAGAGCAAGAUAUGGAACUUCUGACCUGAAAAGUGCUCUUCACGCCAGUGAGUCGUUCCAAGAAGCUGUGAGGGAGAUUAAAUUCAUGUUCCCAAACUCUUACAUCGAGCCUUGCCCUUCAAAGCAUGAAACUGAGGAAUACCUGUGCAAGAGUCUGAAGUCGGUUUUGCUUCGUGGACUCACAGAGCUUUGCAAAGAAAAGCCCCUCAAUCCUGUUAUUUGGCUUGCUGACUGGCUGCUGCAAAACAAUCCAAAUCAGCCUCAAAUAUGUUUAUAACUCCUGGAUGAUUUCAGAAUAAAAGAUUCACAGGAAGUUACAGAUAAUAA